GAGCUUUAGCGCCUACUUUUUUUGUUAUGAUGCAUUUUUGUCUGGAAGCCUAUUGCUUGUACUGGUCGAGUACUAAGCCGAUUCUAUUUCAAGGGUAGCGAGUCGAAACGGGACAUCGAGACCAUGAUUAAACGACCCGACGGAAACUUUGCACCCUGGGCACAUUGAGAGCAGUAAGAAAUCACGCCAGGAAUUCAUCGGGGAGCUAGCAGUAAGCUAUAAACGUGUAAUUGGAGGACUGUUCCCGAUCAAAUAAUUUGACAACUUUCUACAGAUGCAUACUACUUUCAUCGUGUUUUUUUAUUAUAUAUAUAUAUUUUUUUACUGAAGUGUGUUGUUAGGCAACUGGAGGACACAACAAAUUCGUUUAGGUCUUGGGGUGUUUUUCAAUGAUCAUCUCUCCAGUCUUAAUGACGGUUAAAGACAAUCCCUCCAACAACAGAAGUAAAGCAACAUCUACAAACAUGUCCCCCAUCGCAAUCACUAUGAGAACCUUAUGACUUUGGAACGCACGGGUCAGUUUUCUUCAUCAGGGAUCAACAGACACUUGAGCUACCACAGCCCUGCGGCCGGAAAUGGAGGUGGAGCCGAAGCAGGAGCAGGCGGUCCAAAGCAAGGCCGACGCUGUCAAGAGUGACCAGGUGGAGGACGAGGCGACGGCCUCUGGCCACACCUGUGGCCUCUGUGGACGGAGCUUCCCUCUCCUGAGCUCGCUGUCCCAGCACAUGCGCAGGCACACUGGGGAGAAGCCCUACAAGUGUCCCUACUGUGAACACCGGGCUGCUCAGAAGGGCGGCCUGAAAGCCCACAUCCGCAGCCACAAGCUGGGCCUGCUCAGCCGGAGCCUGGGCAAGUUGGACGGUGAGGAGGGGGUUGGGGAGCAAGGACAAACACGGGGGGACCCUAAGAAACUGGAUAGUCCCGCUGACAACCUCGCCAAUGGCACCUCGGCUAAGAAGCACAAAGUCAACGGCAAGACGAAAAAUAAAAGCUCCAAGAAGAAAGGCGAAGAAGCAGUCGUCCAGGAUGACGGCAAGGAGGACGAGCCGCAAACCACGACUGAGGGCGACUCACUUCCGGGAGGGACCUUCUGGGUGGACAAUGGGGACGGUGCGGGUUCCUUUCCCUGCGGCUCUUGCAGCCAGGUCUUCCCCCAGGCCCUGCUCCUCAAGGCCCACAUGAAGAAGCACCGCGGCCUCCUGGACCACGGUUGCCGCAUCUGCGGCCGYCGCUUCCGCCAGGCCUGGUUCCUCCAGAGCCACAUGCGGAUUCAUCGGGCCAAGAGUCAGCUGCGGGGUGGGAGUGGCGACAGCAGCGAGUCUCAGACCACCCUCAACGGGGUCCCCCGGGAGCCGGCGUCCCUGGUGAACGAUGACUGUCUCUACGAGCUGUGUGCCGGCUGCGGCAACUUCUUCUACGACCGCAAGGCCCUCCGGCUGCACGAGAGGGUCCACAAGCAGAGCCACGCCCCCAGCAAGCCGCCGCAGCAAGACCCCGACAACAGCUCUUCGUCACCUGCCGCCAAGAGGCGCUUCCUGGAAUGCCUUAACCUCAGGGCAACCGGGGCUGGAGAGGCAGCUAUGGAGGGGAGUCUUGGAAGACGGAUCCCCGAGCUGGACCCGGUAUGCAGUUACCAUGCCUGGCAGUUGGUCACCAGAGGGUGUGUGGUGGAGGUGACAGAUAAAAGCCUCGGCUGGGAAGAGAGGCUGGUGGAUGCCGAGGUGGCGUUUGCCCGGGAGAAGGGCGAGUAUGUGCCUCUGAAACAGGAGAAGCGGAAGAGGCAGCUGGACUCCUCCCAAAGCAAGAAGAAGAAAGGAGCCCAGGAUGUUGUCAUUAAUGGUGGCAGCGGUGGGAUCUCCCUCCAGCAGCGUGACAGUAGAAAUAGCCGCACCUUAUUGAAUGGGCUCAGCGCAGAGACGUUUGGGAUAUUGCAGAAAAAGAAGGUGAAAGAUGGUCAUCAGUCCAGCAAGCAAGGCACUAAAUCAAACUCUGCCAGUCAGCCCAGCACACCAAGACAAGAAGAUUCUCUAUCUUCCUCGUCCAUAAAGAGGAAUAGUAUCAAGAACACAACCUAUGAAGAUACCAAGCCAUACUUCUGCGAGCACUGUGACUUCCGCACCAGGGACCCCUCUUCCUUCACAUCCCACAUGCACAAGGACGUCAGGGAUGCACAUAAUCACAUACUGGGAGCUAUUAUGGAAGACCCGAGCCACGMCGCUCCCAAAGCCUCAGGUUAUGUGGAAUAUCUCCGGCUGAAGAGCACACUGCUCAGCCAGCCCUAUACAAAUCCCUACAUCUGUCCUCCUGGCCAGGAGAGGGCGGCAUCGAGCUGCCAGUCUGAGAAGUCGAGGAGCCUAAAAGUCAAAGGGCAAUCCUCUCAGGAUGCCAUCAUCUACGCCAGCCUCCUCAACCUGUCUGCCCRGCCCGAGGGCCAGGAGGAGGAUGGCGGUGUGAACCCUGUGGCAGCAGCGUCUGAGGGUAAGCUGGUCAGACACCAGUGUCCGUUCUGCGCCCACACAACCCAUUACCUGGAGGUGCUGUGGAUCCACCAGCGUGUGGCCCACAGGGUGGACAGUGGCAGCUCCCUGGCCCCCAAGUGGGCCCCCUACGUCACCGGCUUCAAGGGCCCCAAGGCUGCUGGACGGCGCACGGGGCCCCCGCCCUUUCUGGAGGGCAAAGACUGCCCGGCACUCUCAGUCCCCCGGGCCCAGCGCACACAAGCCCCAGGUUCCACCGCCACACAACCGUCAGGUGGAGGUACCAAGAGGCCAAAGACAUACACAAGCAGUACAACUGCUACUUCCCAGCCCAACACCAGCCAGGCCAUGGUGUCAGCGUCGCGUACCUCCACAAGGUCUCCCCCUGGUGGUGGGAAGUCACUCCUACCUCAAAAAAAGAAGUCGAGCCGCCCAACCCAUACGGAGGAGGUGGCCAAUAAGAGCGUCCGAUCUAAAACGAAAGCCCACCCCAAAGCUCCUGCCGCCACCACCACCGUCUCAACCAACAUUCAAGGCUUCUCCCAGCAGUCGACAAGCAGCCCCAAAACCGGACAUUAUCGGACGGCUGCCGAGGGAAGCCUGCUUCCGCAAGAGGGCCUCGGCUUUAUUCUCGCCAGGAACCAUGGCAGGACCGACCACGCGUCCCAUCUUACCCCAGACAGAACUCACCUCCACCCCCAGCCCCAUCCACACCCCCACAGCCAUCCACGGGAUCCACCUGCAGCCCUGAAAGGUCAAGACCUGUGGUCAGUCACAAACAUGGUUGCGGCGCAGGGCAGCAGCGGGUACCAGGCACCCACCACCCUCCUCGGCCACGGGAAGAGGGAGUCGACUGCUGGGGACAGCAGAGACACCCCGAUGGACAUGGGCAUCCUGGGUCUGUUGAAGAACUACAACCCCCACGAGCUGGCAGCUCUCUACCAGCACUGGGGCUUUGUAGAUCCCAGGCUUGAACCACAAGGGAUACUGCAGUACAACGGACAUUUUGAAAAUGAAGUCCAUUCCUCCACAGAGGCCUCCAAACAAGUGAUCGGCUGUUCCGCUACUUCAACAGCCUCUCUCAGGAAGGGGACAUGAAAACUCCACAUGUCACAUGCCCUGAAAACUCAACUUCCCAAAAUGCACUGUUGCAAGAUGAAAGGCCUGCAGUCUCUCACAGGAACCAAGCCAUGACUACAGGAGCUCUUUACUUUAGGGGCCCAAUUGUCUCAAGGGACACUGUUUGUUUACAACUAACUAACUAAUCCACCCYGACUAAAGGAGCUACCAUAACAUGUGGACGUGACAGAGUGGAAAUUCUUCCCCAACUGGAGUGUAAACUCACAACCAUCUGCACUGUAACUCAACAAGCACCGUCAAUACCUCGGACCCAGAAAGGCUAAGGCARUUCUGCAUCCAGAGCGACAGAACUUCUCAGGAAGGUAGUAGCGAUGCACUGAACCAUCUGCUACAUCACACACUGGGCUUAGAUCACAGGAGGUUGGUGGCACCUUAAUCGGGGCGGACUGGUUCGUGGUAAUGGCUGGAGCAGUAUAAGUGAA